ACUGUUCGAUAGCCUGUGGCAUUAUUUUUAGGAUUUUUAGUCGUCGUGUUCGAAUUUCUUUGUUGUCUUUUUACGAUUUCUCCAUUUAUCAUUGUCCAAGUGAGAACGAAAAGGUGCGAAAACGUCGCGCAGCAUCCUACAGUCGCUGUUUUGCACAUCGAUUUCGCGAUACGAUGAUCCAGCAUCCAUUAUCAAUGGAACGAAGCCAUUUUCGCGUAUUUAAACAAGAGUUGCACGAACGUCAUCAGAUCGAUUCCUGCAUGUAUCCUCUCGCUGCAUAAAUGUCAUGCCACCACUUGACUUGAAUAAGCUCAAGAAAAGACCAUCGGAAGUUUCGGAACGACCCAAGAAGAGAGUAGACAGGUUUGAUGGAUUAUCAGAAGAGGAGGUACAAAAGUAUACGUUGGAAGAUUAUCUGGAGAUGAAUCUGGAUAUAGUAUUUGUUGGAAUCAAUCCGAGUUUAACAGCGGCGCAUCGUGGUAGAUAUUACGCAGGUCCCGGUAAUCACUUCUACAAGCUGUUGCAUGAAUCAGGUCUAACACCAAGGUUUGUCAGCUUCGAGGAAGACUAUAAACUGUUGCAGUAUGGUAUUGGUUUGACAAAUAUCGUAGCACGUCCCACUAGAUCAGCUGCAGAUCUCAAGCGAACAGAACUCAAAGAGGGUGCUAAAAUAGUGGAAGAAAAACUAAGAUUGUACAAACCCAGAAUUGCAGUGUUCAAUGGUAAAUGCAUCUACGAAGUGUUUGCUCAUGUCACCACUAAAUCUAAAUUUUAUUUUGGAUUACAAUCAGAACGCAUUGGUGAUACUGCAAUCUGGGUGACACCGUCGAGCAGUGCACGAUGUGCCAAUUUCCCCAGAAUGGUGGACAAAUUGCAUUUUCACACGGCAUUGAAAAAAUAUCUACAUUUCCUAAAAGGCGAGAUUACCAACGUCGAUGUAAAAGAAUUCUGCUUUGAAGGAAGCAAGCCAUUUAUACCUAGCACUUCUAAAAUGUGGCGACGCAAAAACAUCUCUACUUUUCUCUAUGGAGGUAGAGUUGUUAACAAAAAUACGCUUUGUUUAGAUACAUCAGAGGAAGAUAUUGCUCUAAUUCGUACAGCAGAAUUUUUAAUAGAAAAAUCUAAUAAUGAAAAGCAUAAUAAAAAAGAUGAGAAUAUAUCUCUUAAUGAGGAAACAUGCAGUCAAGAAAUUGUGAGUCAAUUAUUCAACGAAACUGUAGGAGAAACUGAGAGAAACAUGAAAGAAAUGGUAAAGUUUGCAGAGUCUGGUAAUGUUAGUGAUGAAACAUUUAGAUCAGAAACUAAAGAAAUCUCUGAUAUUGAUAGAAAAGGAAAUAAAAGUUAUACCGUUGUAAAUAACAUUACUUUAAAUCACAAAAAUAGUACAGCCAAUUUUGAAAAUAACGAAAAGUAUAUACAUUCAAGAAUUACUUGCAGAACUCGAGAUAAUUUGAAAAACUGCAAUGAACAUGACACAGAUUUUGUGAAUUUAAUUAAACAAAGAUUAUCACAGAAAAGUAACAACGAUAAUACCACGUCCACUGCCUCAACAAAAUCUAAUUCUAAAAAAAAAACAAACAAUAUGACAACAAAAAAAUAGUAUAUAAUUUUAAGCAUGUAUAUACAUCUUACUUUUUGUAACUUUUAUUAUAGUAAUUAUAGAAAUACAAACAAAACAAAUUGAUAUAAAAAAAUUUCAUUAGGAAUUUUUUAUUAUUACCUAUGCUUACAUAAUACUUAUGUAUCAAGUAUAAAAAAGUUUAAGAUGUAAGAAAAUUAUUCUGUACAAAAUGAGUUUUAUUUCCCUUUGCAAGAUUUACAUUAACUCAUUCAAUGAGUAACAAAAUAAAUUUGUAUUAAUAUAUAUUUAAAAACUCAUUGAACUC